UUCCUGUCUGUCUGUCUCAGGAGACACACACCGUACGGGAACCAGACAGACUACAGGAUAUUUGAGCUCAACAAACGGCUACAGAACUGGACAGAGGAAUGUGAUAAUCUGUGGUGGGAUGCGUUCACUACAGAGUUCUUUGAGGACGAUGCCAUGUUGACCAUUACCUUCUGUCUGGAGGACGGGCCCAAGAGAUACACGAUUGGCCGGACGUUGAUCCCGCGGUACUUCCGGAGUAUAUUCGAGGGGGGCGCCACCGACCUCUACUACGUGUUGAAGCACCCCAAAGAGUCCUUCCACAACAACUUCGUCUCGCUGGACUGUGACCAGUGUACCAUGGUUACGCAGAACGGAAAGCCCAUGUUCACACAGGUGUGUGUGGAGGGUCGUCUGUACCUGGAGUUCAUGUUUGACGACAUGAUGAGGAUCAAGACGUGGCACUUCAGCAUCCGACAGCACCGGGAACUGAUACCACGCAGUAUACUGGCCAUGCACGCCCAGGACCCCCAGAUGUUAGACCAGCUGUCUAAGAACAUCACCAGAUGUGGACUGUCUAACUCCACGCUCAACUACCUCCGACUGUGUGUGAUUCUGGAGCCCAUGCAGGAGCUGAUGUCCAGACACAAGACCUACAGCCUCAGCCCCAGGGACUGUCUCAAGACCUGCCUCUUUCAGAAGUGGCAACGCAUGGUGGCCCCGCCAGCUGAACCAGCCAGACGCCCUAAUAAGAGGAGGAAGCGUAAGAUGUCAGGCGGCAGCACCAUGAGUGCCGGAGGAGGAACCACCAACAACAACAACAAGAAGAAGAGUCCAGCCAGCAGCUUCCCCCUGUCCAGCCAAGUACCAGAUGUGAUGGUGGUGGGAGAGCCCACCCUGAUGGGAGGGGAGUUCGGGGACGAGGACGAGCGCCUGAUCACGCGGCUGGAGAACCAACAGUUCGACGCGGCCAACGGCAUCGAUGACGAGGACAGCUUCAACAACAGCCCCGCGCUGGGCGCCAACUCUCCCUGGAACAACAAGGCCCCAUCCAGCCAGGAGAGCAAGAGUGACAACCCUACGUCUCAGGCCUCACAGUAGAGGAGGGGAGGGAGGGGAGGGGCUUCCAUAGUCUUAAAGGGGUUUCCUCUCCUUGUGGGUGUGUGUCAAUUGUCUCUAGUGGCUUCCUGACUGUUCUUAUCCUUUUCUCUUAAAGGGGCAAUCCGCAGUAGAAAAAAUAACAAAGCGUCACCUCUACCUCCCUGUUUUAGUAAAAAGCUGAGGGAUGGGCCUGGAGAAAUGUAACCACUCUAAAAUUCAUAGACAGCUAUGGGUACAAGAACUGACCAUCUAAGACAUUAAAAAAAUAUAUAGUUUUAUGCAUGUUUUGAGGCUAUACAGUUUUUCAUUAGAUUUACAAUGGUUACCGAGUAAAACAAGUUUAUAUUGUGGGUUGUGAUGGGGUACGUCAGUUGAAUCAAGCUCCUGAGACAUUUAAAGGUUAUAUUCCUCAAGAAUCAACAGGUACAUAUCAUUCAUUUAGAAGUCCAACAAAUGGAUGUAGCGACUACGGAUUGUCCCUUUUUUUAACAUGGAUUUUAUCUAGGCCUGUGGAGUAGAAGGAGGAUCCCACUGGUUGAUAGAGGUUUCCUUUCCUUGUCUACCUUCCUACAUCAGUUCUGAUAUGAGAGCUUGGUAGGUGAAAGGAAAUGACUGAGAGCUAUUACUUAUAUGGGCCUCCUCCAUACCUGGCUCUCCUAGCUGGUCUUUUAAGGAGAGACCUGAGGAGAGGGAAGACGCUUGGGACAGUUGAGAUGCACCCAGGUAGGGGUGCCGGAAGGGGUGGUGGGGUAGGGAGAGGGUGGUUGAGUGGGGGAGGGGGACACGAGGACUACUCACACAUCUACCUUCAGAAGAAUCAUGGUCACUAGAUAUGGAGUCUUAACUCUGGUCCACUCUGCUGCUGCACUGUGUGUGUGUGUGGCUGUACUUGGUCAGAACAAAAGUCUGGACUGGGCCAAAGCUAGCGGACCGGAGUUGAGAUCCAAUCAGUUUAAAAUGCUUUCUCACAGACACACACACACACACACACCAUUGAAGGAGUACUGAUCCAACCUUUUAACAGAUAACAGAAAGCAUUUAAACAACAACAACAUUUUAGAGUUUUAUACCAGUCUCUAUUUCCCGAGAAUGUUUUUAUUUUAUUUUCUACUCCUGCAUUUCAAAUCUACUCUUUAUUUGUUCUUUUUUUACCAACGAUGUUGAGAAGCUAACAGACCAAGGAGCCAGAAAACAGGACUGCUUUUAUUCUACCCUGCCCCCCGAAAAAAUAUAUUUGGUUUGUUUUAAUAUCUUUUAUGUUUUACAGAGAAAUAAUUGUGAUGUUUUUCUGUUUUUUGAGAUUGGUUUUCUCCUUGUUUUUAGUGUAUUUGUGCUUGUAUAUUUAAGGUAGUAGCAACGUUCUGUACGACUGUAUUCUGACUUAGAGGUUCCUGAAGCCAUUCUGAUCUAAUGGAAAGAAAUGGACAAAAAGAAGAAAAAAACACAUGAACCUCUCAACCAAUCCCCCAUCUCCGUCUCUCUCUCCAUCUCCGUCUCUCUCUCCAUCUCCGUCUCUCUCUCCAUCUCCGUCUCUCUCCAUCUCCGUCUCUCUCUGUCUCUCUUUAGAGUGUCCAUCCUGAUCAUAACAGUGACACCUCUCGCUCUUUUUUGUCUUUCUUAAUUUUUUUUUUUUAAACUUGUGUACAUUCAUUUAUUAAACCCUGGGGUACAGUCACCAUUGAGAAGACAUGUUUGCAUCUUCUAGUUCAGCAGAUAUUUUCUUAAUUUUUCUAUUUAUUUUGAAUGAAAUAUCAGAUAUACGUUCUGUUUCUCCACCCCCCUGGUUACACACACUCAUCCUAAAUGUACACUACUAUUAGCAAAUAAGCUAACUAUCUACUGCUGUUUAAAAAGUCUGAACAGACAACCUGACAUAAUUCAUCCACCAAUGUGUCCCAAAUGGCACCCUAUUCCCUAUCAAGGUCUGGUUGAAAGUAGUGCACUACAUACAGAAUAGAGUGUCAUUUGGGACGAAACCCCAACUAGUUAUUAAUGUUUAACUAAAGUCGUAGGGUUGUAUAUAUUUCCAAUACCUGUGUUGUAUAGGCUUGAUCUGUAAUAUUGAGUCUGUUGCGCAUGUGUUUGGUAAUACCUUCAACUCUCACCAGGGGGCGCUGUUAGUAUCACAAAUAAGGUUCAUAACUUUAUACAUCCAGUUCAAACAUGUGCAGUGAUAUGAUCUGCCCCCCCCCUCCCCAAAAGCACCCUAUGUAGUGCAGUACUGUUGUUCAGGGCCAAUAUGAGAACAGGGGACCAUUUGAGACAUGGCCCAUGUUAUUUACUUCUGUAAGUGUUGUUCCAGCUCUGUCAAGUACAUUGUGUACAUUUUCAGUACAGCUCUGGCUUUUAACCGGUAACAGAGAGAAUCUGUCCCGAAUGGCACCCUAUUCCCUACAUAGAGCACUACUUUGGACCAGGACCCAUUGGCCCUGGUCAAAAGUAGUGCAUUAUACAAGGGAACAGGGGGUCAUUUUGGACGCAGCCUAGAGAGCGGUGACUGGUACCCUAAACCAACCCUGUAGAAAAACGCCUUGUUUGGUAUUUUGGUUAGUUUUCUGCCCUUGAUACUUAUUAAUUAAUUAAUGUAUGGUACCAAUAAAAAUAUACAUUUUCACUUUAAAAUGAA